CUUAAAAAUUAAAAAAAACAUAUUAAUCAGGAUAUGGAUAGAAAUGGACAUAAUUUCUCACGACUGAUUUUUUUAAUGAUCUCUAGGCGCUCAAUGAGAAUUAUUUACAUUAGUAAUAUCGCGAGACGAGUUCAUUCACCCCGUUACGUUGUCGAUUAUUUAACGCGGGUCAAUAGCCAUAUGUCGAUCUCGAGUCCAUCGAUUCGUGCUAUCGAUUCCUCUCACCAUCCCUCCUAAAAAAUAAAAAUGGCCACCGCGAGCGCGCGCAGGUAGCUGUAUCAGGCUGUGUGGUGUUGAUAAACAGUCGGGCGGUAGAACGGCCUGCGACGGUCGAUCAUAUUCUCGACGUUCCGGCGUGCCGGUGACCCUGGUGCGAAACAAAUCAACAACGGCGUCGACGGUGGAGAAGAGCAGGGAAGGCGCGGCGACGGCCUUGGCCGAGGAGCGGCGUCCCCGAACUCACAGUGGCGGUGACAACGAGCGCGGCAACGUUGAGGUUAUGGACAACUUCGUGAAGAUAGAGAAGAUAGGGGAGGGAACGUACGGGGUCGUCUACAAGGCCCGGGACAAACUCACCGGGAAUCUGGUGGCCCUCAAGAAGAUCCGUCUUGAGACUGUCAUCCUGUAAACGCGGACAUCAGGAAGAGGAACGUUUUCUGCAGGAUGCUAAAGCUAGAUGAGACUUCGUUUUAAAGGAAUUUAUUACGAUAAUUUUGUUAUCAGAAACUCGGCAAAAUCCGAACGAGAUAACGAAUAUUCGAAGAAGAAAAUCAUUCGUUCGGUUAAGUGUUAACUGUUUUUAAAAACAUUCCUUAUACUGUAUCCUUGUUUUUUGUCGUACGUGAUAUAUCAAGAGAACAGGAGCAAUGCAGGAAGUAUUUUUUUCCCUCUCUUUCUCUCAUAUAUUUAAUCACAAUAAAUAUAUUAAUAUUAUUACUAACUCUUUUAAUUUAACCAAUUUCGCUUUUUUUUUUAAAUGAAAGAUACGUAUAUUUAAAUGUAUUUUUAAAAACAUUUUUACUUAUUUAUAUGUAGAUUUGUAUAACAUAUUGUUAAGCUUUUAUUAAUCUAUCUUUGAACAUAAUUCCCAUGGCUACAUACCAUUAAUAUUUAUUCUUUUUCAAAGCUUGAUACAUUACUAUUUUAAUAAAAAUAUUCUAUAUUCUUCACUUACAAUAUGUCUGUAUAAAAAUUAAAACACUAAUUGAAUCUUGCAGGCAUAAGAAUACUUGAAUCAUUUUUGCAAGAAAUGACAUUUGCCAAUUUUUUUAAAAUUGUAUUUUAAAACUGAACUACAUUAUUAAUUUUAUUCAUUUCCUAGGGGUAAAAUCAUCAGAAUAAUUUAAUGGCGUGUCAGACUUUUAAUGGUGUAUCCUUGUAAAUUUAAUAACAGCUAAUCCAAAUGUUUAAUUAAGGUACGCGCUGUUGACUUGUCCAACUUUACAAAAUUAAUUCGGCCAUUAUUCAUAUAUAUGUUAAAAAUUAUCAGUUUGCAGAACUGCAAUAUCAGCUGGGCUUUUGCUUGUGCACACUGCUAACACACUGCUAACAAUCUGCAUAUUGGGGUCAGCUGAAUCUGCGGGGGCCACGUUACACUAAUUUUCGUAGCACCACAUUAUUCAGCUUGUCCCAUUAUGCCAUGCUCGCCUGGUUUUUGAUUUGGUAUUUUUUUUAUUUUAAUACACUGUAAUUAUUAAUUUAAUAAGAUGUGUUCCGUCAGGAUUAUUUUUGAGAUAAAAUCUUUGUGUACGUAUGUAUGUAUAUAUAUAUUUAUACAUCUUCUACAAUUAUAGCAUUUUUAUUGAAGAUAACACAUUUUUCCUUGGGUAUACAGAGAUUAACGGAAUUGCUUUUACAUUAUAUUAUUAUAUUUAUCUUUCUUCCGCCGAUGUAACUUUGAUGUCUUAAAUAUUAUGUUGUACAUGUUUAUAAGAUAUUUGGAAAGGGAAGGCGUUCCAUCUACCGCCAUUCGGGAGAUAUCGUUAUUAAAAGAUCUCGCUCAUCCAAACAUCAUACAGUUGUUCGAUGUCGUAGACGGCGACAAUCAUCUGUACCUCGUAUUUGAAUUUCUACAGCAGGACCUGAAAAAAUUGCUAGACUCCGUUAAGGGAGGCCUAGAGCCAGCUCUCGUUAAGAGCUACCUGUACCAAUUGCUGAAAGCAAUUUCCUUUUGCCAUCUCCGUUGUAUAUUGCACAGAGACUUAAAACCGCAGAAUUUAUUGAUAGAUCGAGAGGGUCAUAUAAAACUGGCCGACUUUGGAUUGGCCAGAAUGAUCGGCGUGCCCGUGCGCACUUACACGCACGAGGUUGUCACGCUUUGGUAUCGCGCACCGGAGGUCCUCCUAGGAACUAAAUUGUACACUUGCGCGCUGGACAUAUGGAGUCUCGGUUGUAUAUUUGCAGAAAUGGCGACUAGGAGAGCUCUGUUUCCUGGAGACUCCGAGAUAGAUCAGUUAUUUAGAAUAUUUCGCAUGCUCGGCACGCCGGAUGAAACAAUCUGGCCGGGGGUGUCACAGCUUCCGGAUUACACAUCUAGAUUCCCGAGAUGGGAGGCAACUAAUAUAGACGAUGUUUUACCCAGUUUCGAUGAUGAUGCCAAAGACUUACUUUCAAAAAUGCUGACGUACGAUCCUAAUCAGAGGAUAACGGCAAAAAAAGGAUUGACUCACCCGUAUUUUACUGGGGUCAAAUUAGUUCCACCUCCACUGCCAAAGAAAAACUGACAUAGACUUUACAGCCGAUUAAAAUAUUGUAUUUUUACAAUUUUUUAUAAACGUGAAGGCGAAAUAAUUUUGGACGGAUAUAACUUUAUACUGCGAGUGUGUUCACAAAUACGGUAUAGUCUAAAAUAUAUAUAUAUUUUUAUUACUUCUA